AUGUCUAUCUCCAAAAUUGCUGGUCUCGUCCUCGCCUCGGCCUCCAUGGUCGCUGGUCACGGCUACGUCUCUGGUGCCGUUGUCGACGGUACCUACUACAAGGGUUUCAUCGUUGAUACCUACAACUACAUGACCGAUGUUCCUGCCAACAUUGGAUGGGCAGAGGAUGCCACCGACAACGGCUACAUUGACGGCUCUGCCUACUCCGAGCCUAACAUCAUUUGUCACAAGGAUGCCACUCCCGGUGCCAUCUCCGCUGAGGUCAAGGCUGGUGGCUCCGUCGAGCUCCAGUGGACUGCCUGGCCCGAGAGCCACCACGGUCCCGUCAUUACCUACAUGGCCAACUGUAACGGCGACUGCUCCUCCGUUGACAAGACCACUCUUGAGUUUUUCAAGAUCGACGAGGGUGGUCUGAUCGAUGACAGUGCCGUCCCCGGCACCUGGGCUUCCGACCAGCUCAUUGCCGCCAACAACAGCCGCACUGUCACCAUCCCCAGCUCCAUCGCCUCCGGCAACUACGUUCUCCGUCACGAAAUCAUCGCCCUGCACUCCGCUGGUGAGUCCAACGGCGCCCAGAACUACCCCCAGUGUCUCAACUUGAAGGUCACCGGCGGUGGUAGCGACAGCCCCAGCGGUACUCUCGGUACCGCUCUGUACAAGAACACCGACCCCGGCAUUCUCGUCAACAUCUACACCUCCAUGAGCUCCUACACCAUCCCCGGUCCCGCUCUGUACACUGGCGCUUCCUCCGGAUCCGCUGCCACUGCUGCCUCCUCCGCCGCAGCUGCUACCACAGCCGCUACUACCACCCAGGCUGCCACUACUGCUGCCGCCUCUAGCGUGAGUGCCACUCCCAUUGCGAGCUCCUCGUUCUCGCACCCGGCCUACAGCCGCACCAAGCGUCCUUCCCGCAGCGCCACUCCCUCACCCUCAUCUACUCCUACUUCUAUUCCUUCCAUCUCCAUUCCCAGCGCGGCUGAGGCUACCCCUGUCGGCGAUGCUCCCUCUGAUGUCACUGUGACCGAUUACGCUACUGCUCAGGUUACUGACCAGCCUGCAAUCCAGACCGCCAGCGCCGCCACUGUCACUGUCCCUGGUCAGUCUGUCCAGAGCGCCGCCCCCGCUGCUGAGGAGUCCUCUGCCGCCGCUGCCACCACCACCACCGCUGCCGCUGUGCCCGUUCCUACCUCCAGCACUACCUCCAGCACUAGCUCUGGCUCCAGCUCUGGUUCCAGCUCCAGCUCCGGCUCCUCCAGCUCCGAAUCUAGCUCCACCACCUCCACCUCGGACUACUCUUCCUACCUCAGCUCCCUGAACGCCGAUCAGCUCCUCAGCGUCAUCCGUUCUACCCUGAAGUGGCUUGUCUCCGACAAGAAGGUCCACGCCCGUGACCUGUCUAUUUAA